AUGAAUAAUUAAUACGUAGAUUUUAAAGAUAACAAAGAGAGCCUUGAUCAUGUUAGGGAUAAGUUCAAUAAAUCAGAAAGUAUUCUAUCAGAAGAAUCAAUUAGAGAUAUUAUAAGGAAAGAAAUUAUUUAAAAUGGGGUUAAUAAUUAGGAAUAGCUAAAAUAUAAUGAAAAUAUAAAUUAUGAGAAUAAAAAAGUAUCAUUUAGUGAUAAUAUAACUAAAUAGCAGAAUAAAACUAGGCUUAUUAAGGACUUGCAUGAUUUUGAUGCUCAUUAAUCAAGAAAUUAAUACCAAUACAAAGAUUUUGAUUACAAAGCAUAAUAAAUGAACGAGGAUUUGAGAAAUACAGUAUUAUUUGAAGAAAUUCCUAAUCAGAAACAAAAAAUUAAAUAGUUUAAUAAUUCACUUUGGGAUGAAAUACUUCUUUUUUAUGAAAAAAAUGAUUUAAACUCUUGUUAUCAAAUAGUAUUAGAUGAAGAGGACGAUGUUUAUUUGAUAAAAUUAAUGAUGCUUACUGGGCCCUGCCUUAAAAAUUUAGAUAUUAAUAAUUCUAAAAGACUAAUGUCUCGAUUGUGCAUGAUUCUUGAUAGCAAAUUUUUAGAAAAAAUAUACUUAGAGAUAUUUGAUCAUUCUUUAUAAGAAAGAAUUUUAGAUAACUUAACUCCUAUUGAAUAAAAAAAAUUAACAAAUGAAGUAUAUAAACUCUCAAGUAGCUCUAAUUCGUAAGUAGGAGAGAAAUCAGCAGAACUAUAUAUUCGUUUGGCAUAAAAAUUUUCUUAGAACUAUUGA